GGUUCUGCCACUGACUUGCACAAGUGUCGUGGAAGUGCGUGCGUCAUGGUCGUCGCUCCGGUGCUUCUCGUCGUUGCGGCGUCGGUCGGCGCUGUGGCUGCCACCUCGUACCCUGCCUACUGCGCCAAGGACAUGGCUGCUACCAAAAUUCAGCCCCUCGAUGCAGCAGUAGCUCGCAGUCUCCAGCUCGUUCAAGUUCAGGUCGUCGUGCGUCAUGGCGCUCGCACGCCGUGGUCGGAUCGCAUUUGCUGGGACGGCUACGAUGAAGAAUGGAACUGCAACAUUCAUGAACUCGAGCGCCCGGAAAUCGUUGCGCUCAACAAGACGUGGGCGGCGUCCCGCGAGUUUGAAAAAGUGUACACUCGCGGGGACAAUGUCUUUCGUGGCACGUGCAACUUGGGCCAGAUGAUUGACGAAGGACAUUCGCAACAAGUUUUCAAUGGCCAACAUCUCCGUGAGGCUUAUGUUGGUCCAACUGGGCUGUUUCACACCACCGACGGCCUGGAUUUGACGAACACCUCUGAUUUCUACUUUGAAAGCAGCGACAUCCCCCGCACGAUCAACUCGGGCAUGAUCAUAGUCGACACGAUGCUCCAACCCUCAAACGCUUCAACAACGUUUGACCGGUCGUCCAAGCCUGUGCCAUGGCACACGAACGACUACGCUCGCAGCACCAUCACGCCGAAUCCUGCCAUGUGCCCCAAAUUGAAAUGGAUCGACGCGGCAUGGCGCUCGUCCUCCGAGUACGUGAACUGGGUCAACAGUGCCGCCAACACGCAGUUGGAACGCGAUACGAAGCGCGUCUUGUCCAACUACGAUCACGCAACACUCUACGACUGCUUAAUGACGUCCAAGUGCACGGACCGCGCCCUUCCGACCGGGAUCGACGACGACUUGUUUCGUCGCAUGACAACCCGCGAAGAAUCGGUGCAAAUUCAGCAGUACUUGUACAACCAAAGUGCAUAUGCUCAAGCUGGAAUGGCGGCAUACACGAAGCGCAUUCGCGAUCGCGCGAUUGCUGCGUCGCGCGAUCAAGGUCCGCGCUUUGUCUUGUCGGCAGCCCACGACACAACAAUCAUGCCGCUCUUGGCUGCGUUGGGCGGCAGUGCGUGGCUCACUGAAUGGGUGCCUUAUGCAAGCCACCUGAUUUUUGAGUUGUACGCGAACUCGACGUCUCAUUACGUCCGUGUGCUGUACAAAGGCAAGCCGCUAGCUCUUCGUGGCUGUACCACAGCCGUGUGCCCAUUCGAGUCGUUGCUUGACUUGACUUCGUUUUCGAUCGACGAGUCUAUUUGUCUUGCGCCAUCGCAACCACAACCAGCGCUGCGUCCGGCCUCGGAGCCAUCUGGUAGGAUCGCUUCAUGUGUCAACAUCCAUGGCUGACGGUCUGUCUGCUCGGGUGCUGUAGCGUCUGAUUCAACCGCAUCGGUGUGGACGUAUGCGUAUGUGGUGGGCGGAAUCUUGGCUGGCACGGCGCUGGGUUACUUUGCAGGAGCUCGCGCAUCAGCUCGCGACGGGUACACUAAGUUGGAUGACAAGUCGUUGAGCUAGAUCGGAAACGUCACAACCUGACCAUAACACAGUCUUGACUCCAAUGUAACCUGGACGUCUUCAUACCCCUUGGA